AUGGAUUUAGUUGAUCCUUUGGCUGAACCCUGUGCCGUUUGUGGAGAUAAAUCAACAGGAACACACUACGGAGUCAUUUCUUGUAAUGGUUGUAAAGGAUUUUUCCGAAGAACAGUUCUAAGAAAUCAGAAGUUUACAUGUCGUUUCAAUAAAAAAUGUAUUAUUGACAAGAAUUUCCGUUGUGCAUGUCGCUAUUGUCGUUAUCAGAAAUGUGUCCAAGUCGGCAUGAAACGAGAAGCAAUCCAGUUCGAACGGGAUCCUAUUGGCUCUCCAUCGAAGAAGAUGAGAGUUAGCCCUCCACCUUCUGCAAACAGUUACCAAAUGAGUCCCGGAAGUGACCAGCAGAGAAACGUAAUAGACUCUCUGAUGGAGAUGGAAAGUCAUGUGAACCGGGAAAUGUGCGCUAGAUAUGAGAACAGUGUUUUCCGAAACCAACAAGUACCAACAGCAGCUGAAGGACAGGAGUCUUCUUCUUUUUCAGAAGCUGACCGUCCUUGCACGGCGGAGGACUUGAACGACAUUUCGAGGACCACACUUCUUUUGAUGGUCGAAUGGGCGAAAGCGUUGUCUCCUUUCCCUGAUCUUGGAAUGGAGGAUAAAAUCAUUUUAUUGAAAAAUUAUGCUCCACAGCAUCUCAUACUUAUGCCGGCAUUUAGAAGCCCCGAUACAACACGUGUUUGUCUUUUUAAUAAUACUUACAUGAGCCGUGACUCAACUGCAGAGCUAAAUGGUUUCGCUGCUUUCAAAACGAGUAAUAUUACUCCUAGAGUUUUGGAUGAGAUCGUAUGGCCUAUGCGUCAAUUACAAAUGAGAGAGCAGGAGUUCGUCUGCUUAAAGGCGUUGGCUUUUUUGCAUCCUGAAGCAAAAGGAUUAUCCAGUCAGGCUCAGAGUUUGAUCAGAGAAGCCCGAAAUCGAGUAUUAAAAGCUCUUUACGCUUAUAUUUUGGAGCAAAUGCCCGACGAAGCCCCAACAAGAUAUGGAAAUAUCCUUUUGUUAGCUCCUGCAUUGAAAGCUUUAACGCAACUGUUGAUCGAAAACAUGACUCUGACGAAGUUCUUCGGAUUGGCUGAAGUUGACUCCUUGCUUUCUGAAUUUAUUUUGGACGACAUCAAUGAUCAGAAUUCAACACCCGUUAAUCUCCAGGCUCAUCUUCAAUCACCUACCUCUUUGAAUGCCAACAACUCUAUCUUGAACGGCCAUGCUAUACUACAUGCUUCUAAGUCACAAUCUCCAAACACUGAGAAAAAACCCUGCACGUUUUAG